CAUGUCUUUAUAUUCAUCACCGUCAUCAGAUGCUUACUGUCACCUCCAUUAAUUCACCGGCAAAGAAAGUAAGAAACUCAUCCAUGGCGAGGCCAUGCCCACUGCUUUCCUUCUUAAGCUUUUUCUUCUUCUUCUUGCCUUGUCUAUCUUGUCCUGAAGACCAAAAGCAAGCUCUGCUCCAGUUUAAGUCCUCCAUCCUUGCUGCUACUACUUCAUUCAGCAGUUCCAAUUUUGAGUUGCAGUCAUGGAAUUCAAGUUCAAGUUGCUGUCGAUGGUCGUGGGUUGACUGCAAUGAUUCUCCAAAUUCAACUUCAAGGGUUGUCAUUUCUCUCAAUCUGGACGGCCUUGCUAUUUAUCCGUCUCCAGAGCCCCCGCUGCCGUCCACUAUCUUGGCACCCAUUUUUCACAUCAGAAGCUUGGAGAAGCUUGGCAUCACAUUCACCAACAUACAAGGUGAAAUCCCGGCAGUUGGAUUUGCUAAUCUCAGCAAUUUGGUUGACCUAGAUUUGUCGUGGAAUAACUUCAGUGGAUCCAUUCCUCCUCAGCUCUUUCACUUACCACUUCUUCAGGAUCUCUCUUUGGAUGGUAAUUCUCUUAGUGGAAAAAUCCCUGAAGAAAUUGGAAACCUCUCAAGGUUGCAGGUGUUAUCCCUCUCAGGGAAUAACUUCAGUGGAUCUAUUCCUCCUCAGCUCUUUCACUUACCACUUCUUCAGUAUCUCUAUUUGGAUGAUAAUUCUCUUAGUGGAAAAGUCCUUGCAGAAAUUGGAAACCUCUCAAGUUUGCGGGCGUUAUCCCUCUCAGGUAACAGAUUUUCAGCUAUACGCAUUGGAGGAUUGGGAGAAAUUCUGAGGAUUUUUGAGGAGAAAGCACAAAGGAGCAGGAAAGGAGCAAGUGCAAUCGAGAUCAUCCAGAGAAGUAACAAUAAUUUGGCACUGGUGCAACUGAAAGAAGAGUACAUGAGGAAAUUCCCUUUCUGGAAUGAUCCAUAUGUUCUAGUGAGCUUGCUUUCUGCUAGUCGACUGCGUGGAGAUGUUGUAAUUGGGGAGUGUUUGGCUAAAUGGCUUCUAAAACUUCAGCUUGUGACUACUUCUCCUUAUGUAUUAUUAUCAAACUUGUAUGCUUCAGAUAGGAAGUGGGCAGAUUUAAAGAACCUGUCAUCAGCGGACAACAACUUCUCCGACUCAACUUUAGACUCAAUUUCGGGGUUAGAAUCAAUCAAGUCUUUAGAUUUCAGUCGCAACCCCUUUUCUGGUGAUAUGGCAGCAUCAUCGACAAAACUGACUAAUUUGGUAUCCCUUAAUUUAUCGUUAAAUGAGUUCGAAAGUAAAAUUCCAAAAGGUCUCGAGCUGUUUUCAAAACUUGAAAUUCUUGACUCGCAUGGGAAUAAGGCUCCUAAUUGA